AACUAUAGGAAGAAUUGGAAGUUGACCGAUUUCAGAAACCGACAUUUUCGGCAGGGGGCAUUAUUCGCAGGAUUCCGAAAACAAUAAUAAUGAUGAGAAAAAGUAAACAAGGCAGCCUGCCAAACCUAGCCACACGAGUAGCACUAACAAUCUGUGCAAUGCGGAAUAAUCGGCGAAAUAGAGGUCUAGAGCUGGGAGUGUUGCUAUUGGUUUCAGAGUUAUUUAACACUGGAUUUGGUGUAAUACCUCCCGUGACUCUUGGCACAAUUAUUGGUCAGACCCUUCUUUAUCUUGGCAUAAUUCAAGUCCCUUGGGAUCGAUGGGACGUUUGCAUUAGUGCUCAAAACGUUUGGAGAAAUCAAGAUUGGAAACGUCUUAUUUUAUCUGCUGUGGAGCAUGGAGAUGAUCGCCACCUUUAUUACAAUAUGAUUUCAUUCCUGUCUAAGGCUCGUUCAUUGGAGCCUCGAUAUGGGAGUUUAAACUUUGCUAUUCUUCUUACAAUUAUAACCACAUUGACUAGUGGUAUUUAUGUUGCCCUUGGUCUAUCUUGUGCUAAUGUGCUCCAUGAUGCAUAUUACUUGCAGACUUGUGCAAUCGGCUUUUCAGGUGUAGUCUUCGCUUUGAAAGUCAUCACUACCAUGGAGAAUAACUAUUAUACACAAACAACUAUUGCUGGCUUCACUAUGCCAUCAAAAUAUGCCCCUUGGGCUGAACUAAUAUUAAUUCAUCUUCUAGUGCCCAAUGCCUCUUUCAUGGGUCACUUAGCAGGCAUUUUAGCUGGACUAAUGUACACUAGCACACCAAUAGGAAGCAUAAUUGAUUCAAUAAUCAGGACCAUAACAGGCAGAGGAAUGUGGCAUGAAUGGACUGCCAGAAGUUAUUACAGAAGAUACUGAAGAGAAGACUCACCUUUGCUUUUGAAACUUAAGUUCAGUUUUAGAACAAAAUAAUUAAAUUAUCAAUUGUAGUUGGAGGUAAAGAAGAACUUUUCUGUGCUUUGUUAGUUAGCUCCGUGAUGUGUAUGUGAGAGUGACAAAAUAUACUGCACUCUACCGGAAGAGUCCCAGGAAACAGGAGGAAGGUCGAAGCAAUGUCAUCUUUUGCAACAAAGGCAGUUGUUAUGAUGCCUUUUUGAACUCUUUUUCAAAAAUAACUUGGAAUGCCAUUUAAAUGAAACUUUUGAUGUCAAAUGACA